AAAGGGUUUGGAUACAAAGGAAGCAAGUUUCAUCGCGUGAUCAAGGAUUUCAUGAUCCAGGGAGGUGACUUCACAAAGGGAGAUGGCACAGGAGGUAAGAGCAUCUACGGUGACAAAUUCAAGGACGAGAACUUCAAGCUGAGCCACUACGGUGCCGGAUGGCUGAGCAUGGCCAACGCAGGCAAGGACACCAACGGAUCCCAGUUCUUCCUUACAACCAUCAAGACAAGCUGGCUCGAUGGCAAGCAUGUGGUCUUUGGAAAAGUUUUAGAAGGAAUGGAUGUCGUGAGAAAGAUUGAAAGUACCAAGACGGGGCGUAAUGACAAACCUGCGAAAGAUGUCGUCAUCGCUGACAGCGGCACUAUUGAAGUAAAGGAGCCUUUCACCGUCGACAAGAAAGGAGUAUAAACUGCCUCCAUUCCUUCCUGCCUCAAGGGGGGUGUUUCACAAAGCCUUUUUUUCAAUGACAAAUGACAAAAAUCAAUGACAAAUCUGCUGAUAACCCAUCAGAAGCAAGGAUUUCAGGUAGUUUAUAACAAAGACUAUCAUUUGUCACUGACGACAAGUUUUGUGAAACGGGUCCCAGUUCUACCUAGAUGUACAAAUUUACAGCAACAACAGAACACUUUCUUUCAGGAAAUAGAUGUAUAGCUUGUCUAGUUUUUCAAAUUCACAUGCAGUUUAUGCAAUACUUCAUCAAUUGUAAGCAUAAUGAUGGUGGUGGUUCCGCUUAGAAAUCAAACUGUAUGGCCUAGAUCCCUGAUUGUCUGACCUCGGUUUUUUGUGUGUAUAUAAUUUCAAACUUGUCUAUAUCUGAGGAAUACAUCUGUUCUAAUCAGUGUGUUGUUGUUCUCACAUUCUUAGAAAGUAUAGGUGGACAGUCAUCUAGAUUCCUUUGAACUGUCAGGUAUAGCUAAUAGUUACCGCACUUCUUUAUUCUCUUCAAUGGUAUUACUAUGAAUACUAUCUAAUACAUAGUAUGAAAAAUCAUUUUUGUAACAGAAAAGAAAUGUUUGUAGAGUUUAAUUGUGAUAGAUGACAUACCUGCAGAAUUGCAUGAUCCGCUUUUUACUGUAUUUCUCUACCAGUGAUUAAAUAUUUUUGGUGAUUUUUCUAUCUCUGUCAUUCUUCUUGUCAUAAUCUUGAAAUUGUUCAGGAACAGAAAUUAUCAAGAAUUAAAUAGUGCAGUUAUUACUUGUUAUUAUAAUUGUGUGUCCCUAUACCAUACAUACAUGUAAAAUGCUUUCUCCAUCUGUUUCAUUGGUUUGUAUUGUAUCUAUUUUUGGCAAUUUCAUAGACAAUCAUGACAUUUAUAUAGCUUCAACCCAAUCGAUCUCUGAUACCUAUCCAACAUGGAUUAAAUCUUUUUUUUAAAUUUCAAAUAGACAAACUAUCUCUUUUUUUUUCUCUUAUCUGCAUCGCUCUGCUUGGUAGUUGCAUUAGAUAAAGGAAAGUAGUCAAAAUUAAAUUGGUUGAUAAUCAAAACGUGAUGUCAUUGUAUGUACGAUAAACAGUGCCUUUAUUCACACCCAUUCACUGUGAGUCUAGGAAGCAAUAUAUAUAACCAAAAAUAUGAAAUGUUGUAUGCAUGUACAUUUACUAGAAACUCACAUUUACAAGAUAGCAACUGCUUGUACUCCUGGUACAUGAAGUAUAUAGAGAAUGUUUUAUUUUGUAACUCUUUGAUGGCUUUGGUCGACCACUGGAACAAGUGGGACUGCCAUAGUAAUCUUUUGUCACACACAUGAAUUGUAUACUUCACUCAAUGUGGCAAGUCAGGAUUUCGAUCCACGGUGAAUAAAGAAUUAAAGGUUAUUUAUAUAUAUAUAUAUAUAUAUAUAUAUAUAUAUAUAUAUUUACAUUCUUUUCAGGAUUUCUAGUUUUUGGCCAAGGAACAGUCAUGGGUUGCUAUGGAUGGAUUCAGAAAUGUUAUUUGAGAUGUUGAAUUCAUUCUUUAUAUUCUUAGCAGUUAUGAAGCAAUAUUUUGAUUACAAUAAUCUUAUGUAGUGUCCAUUUCUUUUUAGCAGGUGUGAUGUCAAAUUCCUUAAAUUGAUUUUUUUUUGGGUGGAGGGAUAUAUGUUCAUGCAAGAAAAUAAAGACACACAGUGCACCUGUUAAUUACAAAUCUAA